UAGCGUCACCAGUUACCCGCCUCCGCGCGCGCGGGAUAUAAACGCGCCGCAACUUUAGUGCGCUCACACACGCAGAGAGCAGCGCGCGCGCAGGACCCUGCUGCGUCUCCACCCUUUCAGAAACUCAUCCAGUCAAAUAAAGCGUAAUAACUGCUUUAUUUAGUCGACGCCUCGUCUGUGAUGGAGUAAUUCCAGACUGGUGUAAAAGGGAGAACUCAGAACAGUAUGGAUGUAAACAGCACACUAACAGAGCUCGACUCUCUGAAAUUGCGCGCCUUGACGGAGCAACUUGUAGCGCGCGCGAACAGUUCAGUGCCGCUUCGCCAUAACGAGACGGACUCCGCUCCUGAGGAGGACCUGGACGUGAACACAGACAUUUACUCUAAACUGCUUGUCACCGUGAUUUACGUGGUUCUGUUCGCUAUCGGCUGCCUGGGGAACUCUAUAACGCUGUACACCCUGCUGACAAAGAAGUCUCUUCAGAACCUGCAGAGCACCGUGCACUACCACCUGGCGAGCCUGGCCGUGUCUGAUCUGCUCAUCCUCCUGUUCAGCAUGCCCGUGGAGCUCUAUAACUUCAUCUGGGUGCACCACCCGUGGGCUUUUGGCGCGGCCGCGUGCAAGGGCUACUACUUCCUGCGCGACGGCUGCUCAUAUGCCACGGCUUUCAACGUGGCGAGCCUGAGCGCAGAGCGCUACAUGGCCAUCUGCCACCCAUUUAAGGCGAAAAGCGUGAUGUCGCGGAGCCGCACCAAGAAGCUGAUCAGUGCCAUGUGGGCCGCUUCCUUUCUGCUCGCCACACCGAUGCUCUUUACCAUGGGCCAGAGGAGUGUGGACAGUGAACCCAUAUGCACCACCAUCGUGUCCUCGGUCACGGCCAAAACUGUUCUUCAGGUGAAUGCAUUCCUGUCAUUCAUUGUUCCCAUGGGUCUGAUCUCAGUGCUGAAUGGAGUCAUUGCCAGUCAGCUUCUUCGUAUGUUUCGUGAGGCAGCUCAGGACAACCGUGUCUGCCUUGUUGGGGGUAAUGCCACUAUGCUCAGCGUUGCUGUGGAGCCCAACCGUGCCCAGUCCCUGCGCCAUGGCGUUAUGGUGUUGCGAGCUGUAGUCAUUGCUUUUGUGGUCUGCUGGCUGCCAUAUCAUGCCCGUCGUCUGAUGUACUGUUAUGUGACUGAUUGGACUGACACUCUCUAUGACUUCUAUCACUAUUUCUACAUGGUCACCAAUGUGCUGUUCUAUGUGAGCUCAGCAAUCAACCCUGUCCUUUACAACCUCGUCUCGACCAACUACCGCCAGAUCUUCUUCUCCACGCUGCACAAUUUCUUCCUGCCAUGCCGACGUAAGAAGCAAACACGCAUGCUCACCAGGCACUCUAUCAGCAUCUGCAGUAGCCACACUUUCUCUACCAAUGUCGUUAAAGAGACUGUCUACUGAUCAGUGGCAACAGCCCAUCACAAAGUGAGUGUAAUCCUAGCAGAGGUACUGUUAUUACUUCUUAUAGUUCCAGUUCUCAAUAUGAGAGUCUCAGUGGCUAGAAGAAAGAGCCAAGACUGUUGGCUAGCAGCAGUCGUGCAGAACUAAACAUACAGAUGUGAUAAGAUAACUCGACAAGUAUUGAUGUUUCAGUUUAAAAAACAUUGUGCAAAAAAAUGUAUAUACUGUACAUUGUCCAGUACACUGUAUAACUGUAAAAUAUUUGUACAAUUUGAAUGGACAUCCCGUUCGAUAUAUCUUAAUUCCAAGACACAAAAGCUUAUUGUACAGCUAAAAUAUAUACUUAUAUGUAUACUUAUUUUUUCCACUAUCAUUUCUUCCAGAAGAUUUGUGGAAGAUCUAUAUAGAAGUUGAAAACGAGAAUUGUUUAAAAUUGAGAAAUUUGCAUUGGCCCUUGUGUAGAGUUAUUGUCACACUUCACUGUGCAAACAUUAAAAUGGCUCAUUAGGAAUCCCCCUGCAUUAGCAAAGCACAUUUAAAGCAGAAUAAAUAUAUUGUAAAAACAUGGUUAAAAAAUGCAGCACUGAAGUUAAAACUGACAGCAGAAACAUUUACCAAAGGAAAAUCCUACAGGUCUAAUGAAUUUACUGCAGCCACAUUUCAGCUGACUCAAUUCCAGGCAAUUCUGCGUGGCUUAAUGCACUGCUGCUUUGUGACAGAGAAAAAAAAAGAAUGAAGGACAUUAAAGAUAUUCCUCAGCAGUUCAGCAAAUGCUAUUGGUCAUACUAAAAAUCCCUGGUGUACGUGAAAGGUAGUUUAUUGUAGACAUCAUAUUUUGACUUAAUAUCCUUCUUUAUUAAAUCUGUGCUAUGCACAGGGAAUACUGCAGAGAGCAGAGUAACACAUCAUUAAGACUCUGUUGCAGCCUAUUUAUAUAUCUAUUAACCUAAAAUAAUAUGGAAUCAUUCCAUUAAUGGACAAAAGAGAUAUGUGGCAAAGAAGGGAGCUAUCAUUAAAACGGACACACAGCCUGUCUAGGGCAUGUUUUAUGUUAGAGUGUACAAUGAAUGAGGCAAGUUGAGAGGCGUGAUAUGGUUGAGGUACAGGGCAAGAGACAGAGACUGACACUGUGAAAAGGCUAAUAUUGUUCCCCAUAAAGAUUGUUUCUCGCUUGUUCGAGUAUUGGCAGACUGCUGGAUUAGGGGAAAUAAAAAGAAGGAAAAGUAUCAGCAGGAUGUGAGAGCAUGGUUCAUAAAUGUGUGUGUGUGUGUGUGUGUGUGUGUGUGUUUGUCUUUGUACUGAAAGUAUGUGUGUUUCUGUCUGUCUCUGUACUGAAUGUGAACAAUGCAUAAUAAUGUUUAUUAAAAUGAGUUACUUCAAUGAGACAUGAGCAAGAUGCACUGGUUUAAAACCAGACUUUUAAAUGACAUCCUUGGCUAGCCACACUUGUGCUGUGAGAAUUGCAUUUCCUUUAUAAAUCUCCACUGACCCACAUGUUUUGUUUUUUUUUUCAAACUAAGAUAAUCACAGGGCAAUCACUGUAAAUUACUAGACACUGUUUUGAAGUGAAUGUUGAAGUUUCUUAUGUGAAAUUCAUUAGCAAAACAAACAGAUCCAUCAGUCUUUCUGCUUAAACUUUAUUUAAGGAUAAUGUUCUUAGGGCUGUGUGACACUUGCAUAACUCCUUAAUGACAAAAGACCAAGCCUACAUAAAUGUUAAUAAAGGAUUAUUAUUCAACUGUUGUCAUAAAGACUGCUUUAGUUUCUGAACAAAUAGAUGAACACAGAACAUAGAUUUUCUGUUUUCCUUUUCUGGACUGACCUGCAUUACAUAACAUCAUGACAACUGACUCUGUGGCUCAUUGUGCUUCUGAUAUAUCAUAUGAGUCAGGAAAAGCUCCAAUUUCAACAGGGGUGUGUAGACUUUUUAUAUCCACUGUACUAAACGUCUUGACUUUAAAUACAUUUAAGGCCUUUGUUCAGUUGUUCUGCUACACUGCACACAUUGGCUGCCACUGCAGAGUGAAAUCAUUAGUGCUUUCUCUUGCGCUAAUUAAAUUUCAUUCUAGAGAUCAGAUCCAUUAGAUCAGGCAGAUAAAAGUCAUCUUAUUAAUUGAUUGCAAUUUCCAUCCAUAUGCAGGCAAUGAUUUAACAUUAUCUAAACUGUAUACUAAUAAUUAUGUUCUGGAAGGCAAAUGGAAUGCAUUUCUGUUUAUGCAACUAACAAUUACCUACAUGGAUGGUGAUAGCAAGUCAGUGCAAUAGAGAAAACUGAAGUCUUACUAGAUGUUAUUUAUUCAUUGUCCAAAAAGCUUUCGUCUGUGCUGUGUGCAUAUUUCACCUGUGAUUUAUGUAGUGUAUUUUAUGUCAUGUAAGAUUAGUGCUCUAUAUGGUGUAUUAUAGGUAAUUAUGCUGCUGUCAACGUAGUGCAUAAGAAAUUAGAAAGUGACGCCCUUUUUGUUGUUCUGUUUAUGUACUUCAGGACAAUGUAACAGAAAAGAAACGGUAAUGUUUUCUUUUACAGUGCUCCAAGUUCUAGGCAGAUAAGUGUGUAGAUCUGGUUUAUUAUUUUGGUGUUAAAGAUGGUAUGUACCAGAACAGAUAAAUUAAAUUUGGCUGAAAUACCUGACAGGUUCUAGAUAUUGGGGAGGAUUGAAACAUAACAUCACAUAAUUAGAGAAUUAUCUGGAGUAGGAAGGUAGAGAAUAGAAUUAUUAACUGUAAUAUAACAUUUUUAAGCAGGAAAGUAAAUAACUUUUUAAAAAUGGUGUUCCAUCCCCAGUACAGUACAGUACAGUACAGAUACUUGUAGAAUCCAUGCCAAGGCACACUGAAGCUGUUCUGGCAGCUCAGUUGUUGUUUUUGCCUCUGAGUGCCACCACAAUGGAUUUGAAAUGAAGCAAUCAAGAUACGAUUGAGGUGUAGACUUUCAGCUUGAAUUCAAGAGGUUUGAAUGACUGCAAAGGAUUUGGAUCCAAGUAUUAAAAAUAAUCCUUAUAAUUACGUUAGUUUGUCCAAUUACACCUGAGUCUGUGAAAAUGGAGAAAAAAUGGAGAAAAAAUGGCUGUAAUUCCUACACAGUUAAUGCAAUAUUUUUGUUAAACCCCCUUAAUUAAAGCUGAAAGUCUACACUUCUUCACCACAUGUUGAAUGCUUCAUUUCAAAUCCAUCGUGGUGGUGUACCGAGGCAAAAUUAUGAAAAUUGUGUCACUGUCUAAAUAGUUAUAGACCCAGCUGUACCUCUCUGUUACCAGGAAAUGCAACAGAACCUGAACUGUUAAAGAAAGUGAUCACUCUUACUGCUUUACUGGGUCUGUAACGUGUCCUUCAGAAAACUAUACAUUUGUGUGGAACAAUUCAACUAAAUUUAGUGAAAACAAUACAGUAUAAUUAAUGGAAACAUUAAAGGAAGCAUUUCCUAUCUUUCUGAUACCUGGUUCCCUGUGUUUUUUUUUUUUUCUUUUUGUCUUAGUCUUGGUAAAUGCCAUCUUUUUACACUAAAAUAAUUAACCAGUUCUUGGUGUUUAUGCUGCGUGCUUGUUUGGUUAAUAGCUAGAACCUGUCUGAAAAUUUCAGUGAAAUGUAGUUAAACUGUCUUGGUAUUUGCAUUACCCAAAAUAAUUACUUAGUGCUUUAAAGUGUGCACCAGACACUUACAGGGGCAUAUAGGAAACUGUAAAAGCACUUCCAAGAACCUACCUAAGAUGUUAAAGUGCAGAACCUCAGCUU